AUGAGUGGGAGUGGCUUCUAUUCCUACUCGAUGGCUAUAUAUAAACGGUGCUAUUUUAGCGGUUUAAUCAAAACGUGUUUACCUUGAGUGGAGGAAUAGAAUACUAUAGCAUUUGGAAUAUCAAUAUUUUAUCAUGGUACAGUACGUAAAACGUCAGACAAGUGCCCAGAUGGUCGCAAAGCAGCAUCUUAAACUUCACUUACGACGAAUCAGAAAUAGAGAGUAUUCCAGACUUAGAGAUAUGGUGCCAUCUAUUGCCAAAAAGGACAAAAUAUCGAAGGUGACAGUCAUAGAGGAAGCUGUGAAAUACAUCGAUGAAUUACACAGGGCCCUGUUUGAGCGGCUACAAUCUAAAGCAGCAGCAGCAGCAGCCGACAGCAAAUUGGUUUCAGACGAACAUGUAAAAGAUUUCAUCCACACUUUGAUUCCGGUGGACUUGUUUUCCAAGACGAACUCUGCGAAUCUCACCUUUGAGAAGUCCCAACGCCAUCCCUCUUACAUUAUGCCAAAGAAACAAAAAGGUCUUGGAAAACCGCACUAAUCCCGCGGCCGUCCAAUAUGUACUGUGAUAUUAACACACCCCUGCCCCAAAUGACUGUGAUAUAUAUUGUUUAUAUGAAACUUUAUUAUCCAAUUUUCUGUUGGAUUUAUGCCUUGUGACACUACGACUUUCUUCACCUAAAUGCAAAGUGUAUCCUGUACCCGCAAGUUCUUCCAUUCAGAAUAAAUCGUCGCCAGUUCUAUCCUCAUAAGAUGUGGAUGAAGCAGACGACUAAUUUGACAACGCGUCUAGUUCAGUGCUAAAGCUCCCGAGGACUGAACGGAAGACAGCAAAUGCACUCUAAAUGUCCAUUUAUAAAAUGCAUUCCGGCAGUGUACGUGAUCCAUUCCAAAACUAGUCUUUUUAAUGCAUUCAAGUAUACCAUUUGAUGUAAUAAAAACGAUUGAAAAUUUAA